AUGAUCUACAUCAUCAUCACGAUUCUAGCAAUUCUGCUAACAUUCUACAUGAGAAUUCGGCUGCUCAGAAAGCGUCGUCGAAAUGAAUUGACUGGAAAGUUGACAAGGCGCAGCAAGGACAGGGAGAUCAAUUUCGAAACGGCCCGAAGUAAUGCCGAGAAGAUUUCUCCGGAACAAUCGCGAAAAAUUCUUUCUUGGAGUUUUGAUGAGUUGCGAGAAAAAUUGCAAAACGGUGAAGUAAGCUGUACCGAUGUGCUUCGAUCUUAUCAAAGAGCCGCACUUGCUUCAAGCGAGCAGACUAAUUGUGUAUGCAUGUUUAUUGAGGAUGCCAUUGAAAUUGCAAGGAAAUUGGACGAACAAGCAGCUACACCAGGAUAUAAGAAGCCUUUAUUGUUUGGCAUGCCAGUCAGCAUCAAGGAAAACAUAAGGGUGAGAAACAUGUGCUCAACCAUGGGUUACGUCCAAGAGUUAGGAGCCCCAUCCAGAAAGAACGCCGUUGUUGUUGAGCAGCUUCUUCAUCAUGGCGCUGUUCCAUUCGUUCACACAAAUGUUCCACAGUCACUAGUGAGCUAUGGGUGUACGAAUCCUGUGUACGGCACAACCACAAACCCGUACAAUCCAGAGCGAGUUCCUGGAGGCUCCUCCGGAGGCGAAGCCGCUCUCAUUGCUACAGGAGGCAGUUUGCUUGGUAUAGGCACUGAUGUAGGAGGCUCAGUCAGAAUUCCUAGCACUUUUUGUGGCAUAGCUGGCUUCAAGCCGUCUUCAAUUCGAUUCUCUCAUACUUUCACGACAUCGUCCGUUCCUGGGCGUCAACUAGUAAACUCAAAUGAAGGUCCCAUGGCUAAGAGCAUCACAACAUGCAUUGAGUACCUCAAAAUUGCAUGGUCGGACCUAUUUCUCUACAAUAUUGAUCCAUUCGUUCCUCCAGUAACGUGGCAAGAUAAGAUGUUCAAUUCUGAGAAGAAGCUAAGAAUAGGAUUUUACACUCAUGACGGCUUCAUCACACCAACUCCAGCAAAUCAGCGAGCAGUGUUGGAGGCAAAGAAAAUUCUAGAAGAUCUCGGUCAUACGCUUGUACCGUUCCGACUUCCACAACCAGAGAAAAUGUUUCGUCUUUUCGCUGGAGGUGUUUCUGCUGAUGGUGGGAAAUACCUCAGUAAUAAACUCAAGCAGGAUAUUGUACUGCCCGAAUGCUCCGUACAUCCAGUCAUGUUGCUUCCGAUCUCGAUUCAGCGUAUUAUAGCAAGAUUUGUUAGUUAUCCACGAUUGCGAACAUUAUUGACGUCGUUGCCAGAUAAUUGUGAAGAUUUACGCGAUGUCUACGGCAAAAUCGAGGGUUAUCGCUCGGAUUUUGUCAGCGAGAUGAUGUUGCACAAUCUUGACGCUCUGCUGUGCCCUGCCAUGGCAGUCUAUCCCAUGAAGCAAGGAAUGCCUAACCGAUUGUUUGCUGGAUGCUGCUACACUGCCAUUUUCAAUCUUCUGGACUUCGCAGCAGGUGUCGUACCCUUCACCAAAGUAAAUGAAGCCGAUGAAGAAGAACUGGAAUCCUAUCCAGAGAUCGACCCUUGGGACAAACUCAUCAAGUCGGACUCCAAAGACUGUAUCGGAUUGCCAGUUGGAGUACAAAUUGCAGUCCCACCAUACAGAGAAGAACUUGGACUUCGUUUAUUGAAAGAUAUAGAGUUGAGGAGAGCCAAUAAAUAG